AUGGAUGUCAAGAAUGCAUUUCUCAAUGGUGAUUUCACUAAGGAAGCUUAUAUGCAACCCCCUCUUGGUUCUUCUGUUCCAUCAAACAAGCACGGUACUAUUCUCCUUCUCCUCUAUGUGGAUGAUAUGAUUAUCACUGGAGAUGACACAGUGAGUAUUUCUAGUCUCAAACAGUUUCUCCAUCGCCAGUUGGAGAUGAAAGAUUUGGGUUUAUUUAGCUAUUUCCUUAGCUUGAAAAUUUCUCAAGAUUCCUCUAGUUAUUUUCUUACCCAGGCCAAGUAUACUUUUGAUCUCUUGGCUCGUGUUAGCCUUACCGAUUGCAAGACUGUCACUACUUCAGUUGAUCCUCAGACUUGUCUUACACCUCUUGACGGCCCCCUAUUAACUGAUGCCACUUUAUAUCGUCAGCUAGUUGGUAGUCUUGUCUAUCUUACAGUUACUCGUCCAAAUAUUGCUUAUGUUGUUCACAUUGUCAAUCAAUUUAUGACUGCUCUUCGCUCUCCACACUAUGCUACUCUGGUUCGCAUUUUGCGCUAUCUCAAAGGAACUCUGUUUCAUGGUCUUCACUACUCUCAUCACUCUUCUCUACAGCUGCAUGCCUUUUUUGAUGCUGAUUAG